CGGCGUGCCCAGAGCCGGAAGUGCCACGUGUCCCUAUCGCGCCUGCGCGCCCGGGCGGCUGACAGGCACUUCCGGCCGGGGCCUCCCUCUUCUCCCCAUUUGCUUGCUGCCUCUCAGCCAGGCGUUCGAGGCCCCACCGGCCUCAACGGCCCCAACCCUCUGCUCCCAGGCUGUGGGUGCUGGCGGGCUGGGGAGAGUGUGGCGCUAUGCCUCGGGCCUAAUGUGCCGUCCUCUCUUCUCCCGGUCUUCAGUCCUAAAUCGUUAGCCCUUUGCAUCCUCUUCAGCAGUCGUCUUCCAGCUCUCCGCUUGGCGCUGCUGUCGACCCUGACGAGCCCUUCCAACUCAACCGCCGUCAUCAUGUCCCAGCCGGAAAUACCGGCCUCCGGCGGCGCCCCAACCGGUCCCCAGUCCCAGAACGGGGCCGCCUCGGCCUCGGGGUCUCCCUACACCAACGGUCCUGUCCAAAAUGCACUGAUGUCUUCACAAGUGUCAGUGAGCCAAGGAUAUCAUUUCCAGCUUCCAGGAUCCUACCCCUGUCUAAUACCAGCAAAGACUUUGAAUCCAGCCUCUGGACAGUCUAACUAUGGCAGUUCUCAGGGAUCUGGGCAAACUCUUAAUAGACCACCUGCGGCCUCUAAUUUCGUAACACCUUCACUACAUAGUGGUCCUGUUUCUCGAAUGCCAGCUGCUGCACCAAUGCCUUCUGGUAGCUUUCUUCCUGGAACCAACCUACCACCACCUUUGAAUUGGCAAUAUAACUAUCCAUCCACAGAAUCACAGACAAACCAUGGUCCUCGUGCAUCAUCACAACCACCUGUAUCUGGGAGUACAAGUUCAACAACAAAUCAGUAUAUUUCUUCUGGAGAUCCUUCACUUCAAAACAGCUUCUUAAAGUCAGGUUCUUCUGUACCUCCCGUAGCAAAUCCACCUCUGCCUACCACUUUUCAACCAGGAGCUCCUCAUGGGCCACCUCCAGUUGGAGCCCCACCUUCAGUAAGGGGUCUCAUGCCCCAGAAAACAUCAUAUAGAGCUGUACCUCAGUCUUCAUUUAAUUCAGCUACCAAUCAAGAUGGUAUUAUAUCAGAUACCAGUAAUGGAUCUAUGGUAGUCCACAGUAGUUAUGAUGAAAUUGAAGGAGGUGGCUUCUUGGCAACACCACAGCUUACUAAUAAGAAUCCUAAGAUGAGCAGAAGUGUUGGAUAUUCAUAUCCCUCCUUACCACCUGGUUAUCAGAACACACUACCACUUAGUACAACUGGAAUGCCACCCGUUUCCUCAAAUUACCCAAGUGGACCACAGGCCUUUACUCAGACUCCCUUAGGUGCUAACCAUUUAACUGCAAGCUUGAGUGGAUUAAGUCUACAUCCAGAGGGUCUGAGAGUUGUCAAUCUUCUUCAAGAAAGAAAUAUGCUUCCCUCAACACCUUUACAGGCUCCAGUCCCAAAUUUACAUGAAGACAUCCAGAAACUCAACUGUAGUCCAGAGUUAUUUCGAUGCACACUGACUAGCAUUCCUCAGACUCAGGCAUUACUGAAUAAAGCCAAACUUCCUUUGGGGCUGCUGCUUCAUCCUUUCAAAGACUUAGUGCAAUUGCCUGUGGUUACCUCCAGUACAAUUGUGAGAUGCCGUUCAUGCAGAACGUACAUCAACCCUUUUGUCAGCUUUCUUGAUCAAAGGAGAUGGAAGUGUAACUUAUGUUACCGAGUCAAUGAUGUUCCUGAGGAAUUUAUGUACAACCCAUUGACCAGAGUUUAUGGAGAACCUCACAGAAGACCAGAAGUUCAAAAUGCUACUGUUGAGUUUAUGGCUCCUUCAGAAUACAUGUUACGACCACCUCAGCCUCCAGUGUACCUCUUUGUAUUUGAUGUGUCUCACAAUGCAGUUGAAACUGGAUACUUGAAUUCAGUUUGCCAGAGUUUAUUAGAAAAUCUGGAUUUGCUUCCUGGCAACACUAGAACAAAAAUUGGCUUCAUAACAUUUGACAGUACAAUCCAUUUCUACAGUCUUCAAGAAGGUCUCUCUCAACCUCAGAUGCUAAUAGUUUCAGAUAUUGAAGAUGUUUUUAUACCUAUGCCAGAGAACUUACUAGUAAAUUUAAAUGAAAGUAAAGAGCUUGUUCAAGAUUUACUGAAAACUUUGCCACAAAUGUUUACCAAGACACUGGAGACCCAGAGUGCUUUGGGUCCUGCACUUCAGGCUGCCUUUAAGCUGAUGUCCCCAACAGGUGGUCGAAUGUCUGUCUUUCAAACACAACUCCCAAGUCUUGGAAUGGGAGCCCUGAAACCACGAGAGGAACCCAACCAAAGGUCAUCUGCUAAGGAAAUACACCUGACGCCAUCCACUGACUUCUAUAAAAAAUUAGCCUUGGACUGUUCUGGUCAACAGGUAGCUGUUGACUUAUUCCUUCUCAGUGGGCAGUAUUCUGAUUUGGCUUCUCUUGGUUGUAUUUCUCGGUAUUCAGCAGGUAGCGUCUAUUAUUACCCUUCUUACCACCACCAGCACAACCCUGUCCAAGUACAGAAAUUACAGAAGGAACUACAGAGAUACCUUACUCGGAAGAUUGGCUUUGAGGCCGUCAUGAGGAUUCGGUGCACCAAAGGUCUUUCCAUUCAUACUUUCCAUGGGAACUUUUUCGUUCGGUCAACAGACUUACUAUCUUUGCCCAACGUCAACCCAGAUGCUGGGUAUGCAGUGCAAAUGUCAGUAGAAGAGAGUCUAACUGACACUCAGUUGGUUUCUUUUCAGUCAGCACUCUUAUAUACAUCCAGCAAAGGUGAAAGAAGAAUUCGUGUUCAUACUUUGUGUUUGCCAGUAGUUUCAACUCUGAAUGAAGUCUUUCUUGGAGCUGAUGUUCAAGCAAUUUCAGGAUUAUUAGCCAAUAUGGCUGUUGACAGGUCUAUGACAGCCAGCCUGAGUGACGCUCGAGAUGCUUUAGUGAAUGCUGUCAUCGACUCUCUUUCAGCUUACCGUUCUUCAGUCCUAAGUAAUCAGCAGCCUGGACUCUUAGUUCCUUUUUCUUUGCGGCUUUUCCCACUUUUUGUGUUGGCUCUCCUUAAACAGAAAUCAUUCCAGACUGGGACAAAUGCACGUCUGGAUGAACGCAUUUUUGCCAUGUGUCAAGUGAAAAAUCAGCCCUUGGUAUACCUUAUGCUGACAACUCAUCCCAGUUUGUAUAGAGUUGACAAUCUGUCAGAUGAGGGAGCACUCAACAUCAGUGAUAAAACCAUACCGCAACCCCCUAUUCUUCAGCUUUCAGUGGAGAAGCUGAGUAGAGAUGGAGCUUUCCUCAUGGAUGCAGGCUCUGUACUGAUGCUUUGGGUUGGAAAAAAUUGUGCACAUAAUUUUCUCAGCCAAGUUCUAGGAGUUCAAAACUAUGCAUCGAUUCCACAGCCUAUGACAGACCUUCCACAACUUAAUACAGCAGAAUCUGCCAGAACAAUAGCUUUCAUCUCUUGGCUUAGGGAUCAAAGACCAUUUUUCCCAAUACUUUAUGUCAUAAGGGAUGAGAGUCCAAUGAAAGCAAACUUCCUUCAAAAUAUGGUAGAAGACAGAACAGAAUCUGCAUUAUCAUACUAUGAAUUCCUCUUGCAUAUACAACAACAAGUGAAUAAAUGAACAACUGAAGAAAUUUGACUUAGUUGUUUCUAAGAAUGUCAUGAUAAUGCAGAAUAUCUAGGAAUGUGUUAUAACUUCCUUUUCUAUGAAGUUGGAUUCAAUGUGAUGAUUAAGAUGUUCUCACUGUGAUUUCAGCAAACUAUAGCAAAUAAAGAACCACAGCAGAGAAUCAAACAUGCAACUCUGAAAUACUGUAUUUUUCAAAUCAAAAUAUAUCUACAUAUGAUUGAAAACUUUUUUCCUUUGCUGCCAAUUAUGUUUGAGUUAUUAUGGAUUAAAGCAAGAUAAGACAAUGUUGCUGAGGCAAAAUACUUUUUGUAAAAUAAAGACUUCUGUGUUCCACAUGUAUAUUUCUCAUUUUUUAUUUUUCUGAAUUUUUGGCUGCUACAUUUAAAACCUCACAAGAGGCCGGGCAUGGUGGCUCAUGCUUGUAAUCCUAGCACUCUGGGAGACUAUGGCGGGUGGAUUGCUUGAACUCAGGAGUUUGAGACCAGCCUGAGCCUGAGCAAGACCUUAUCUCUACUAAAAAUAGAAAAACUGAGGCAAGAGGAUCACUUGAACCCAAGAGUUUGAGGUUGCUGUGAGCUAUGAUGAUGCCAUAUCACUCUACUCAUGGUGACUAAGUGAGAUUCUGUCUCAAAUAAAUAAAUAAAUAAAUCCUGACAAGACUAAGUGUUGCAGGGAAUUUACAAAUCCAUUGAUCUUUCUAAAAAUAAAAAAUCAGAAGUAAAUAGAAUAUAGGAAAACUUUGAGAUGACUUCUGAUUAAGAAAUUUAUAUUCAGGCCACCUAACAAUAAAGCCCAAACUCUUUUCAAAAAAGAAUACGUAGAGAUGUCUGAACUUUCCCCAUUAUAAUUCUGUAUCUGAUUUCUUACAAUUUGUAUGUAUCAUUAAUAUAAUAAAAACUGAGACAAAAGAAAAAAAAAGAAUGUAGGAAAACUAGAAUUCAUUCCCAUACCUUUUUUUUCUUUCUUAUGAAAAAGUAUUAUCAUGUUAAAGUAGAACUUGAGUAAAAUAACUCUAGUCUAGCCUGAGAAAAAUAUGAAGUAAUACAGUCAAGCUUUCAAAUCUGUCAGUAUUCUCUAUACUUGAAGAACAAAGUCACUUUGCAGUGAAAACUAUGAGGUGGUUUCUUGAUUUGGCUGCAAAAGACUUGGACAUACUGUGUUACUCUUCAGUGAAAAGAAUUUGAGCUAUCAUUUUAAAUACCUGUAUACUGAGAUUGGUGAUGAUAAUAGGGAGAUGAGAAACUUUAUUUAUUUAUUUAUUUAUUUUUGAGACAGAGCCUCAAGCUAUCUCCCGAGGUAGAGUGCUGUGGCAUCACAGCUCACAGCAGCCUCCAACUCCUGGGCUCAAGCGAGUCUCUUGCCUCCGCCUCCCAAGUAGCUGGGACUACAGUUGCCCGCCACGACGCCUGGCUAUUUUUUGGUUGCAACCAUCAUUGUUGGUUGAAGGGCCCGGGCUGGAUUUGAACCCUGAAGCUCAGGUGUAUGUGGCUGGUGCCUUAGCUGCUUGAGCCACAGGUGCCGAGCCGAGAAACUUUAGUUAUCUUGAUUGAUCCUUUAGGUGGGUUUUUAUUUGGUACAUUGCCACUUUGGAUGUAUAAUAAAAGUUUUUAUUUUGAUGAAAUGAGGAUGAAUGAAAGAAAUUUAAGUUUUCUUUAAUGCCAUCUCAAAUGCAUCAGUAAAAUUUUAAGGAUGUUAAUAAUUAAAUUGGAAGUACUUAUAAGAAAUACUUAUUCUUGAAUACUAAAACCUAUUUAAAUCAUGAAUGUUGUUUGAUUUGGUGGAUGUUAAAAUCACACAAAUCCAAUAUAUUGAAGUAAGAAAGAAACUUGAUUUCUGAACAUGCUCAAGAGAGAAAUAGUUAAAACUAUUGAGCGAAUUUUGUUUACAAGUAGGUAAAUUAUACAUCUAUAUAUUUAAAGUGCUGUGAUAUAGUAUCUUUUUAAGAGUUUUUGAAGGCCAUACAUGGUGGCUCACACCUGUUAUCCUAGCAUUCUGGGAGGCCGAGGUGGGCAGAUUGCCUGUCCUCAUGGGUUCAAGACCAGCCUGAGCCAGAGCGAGACCCAUCUCUAAAAAUAGCCAGGGGUUGUGGCAGGCGCCUGUAGUCCCAGCUACUCAGGAGGCUGAGGCAAGAGAAUUGCUUAAGCCCAAGAGUUUGAGGUUGCUGUGAGCUGUGGCGCCAUAGCACUAUACCAAGGGCCACAUAGUGAGACUCUCUCUCUUAAAAAAACAAAAAGUUUUGCUCAUUUUCAGAUUCAUCUUGUCUUAUAUGAACUUCUUAAAAGAUGUUCAUGUGUAAUACUUGAUGAAAAGAGGGGUUUUUUUUUUGUUUGUCUUAAUGAAUUAGAAAAUGUGUUUACAAUCUUGGUUUUAUAUGAUCACCAAUGAAAUAGUAACUUUCAGGUUUACAUCAAUAUGAACUGACUUUAACUGUGUCAUGUGGAAUAGGGAAGAAGUAGUCCCUCUAGAAUAUAUAACUACUGCUUUCCAGCUAGUUCAGAAUAAUUAUGUUUUAUAAAAAUAUCUCCCUUAAGCAGUGUUAAGGUUUGUUUCCAGGGUGCAAGUAGUACACUGAACUGGAAGUUUUCUUUAGGAAGCAAUUUUCAAACUGUAGCUAAAGUUUGUAUUUCCCCCUCUGAAUCAUCAUGUGCUAAUAUCUGAAAAUAACCAAAAUUUUCUUCUUAAUGUCAUUUUAAAUGUUGAUAUUUGUAGGUCCUCUCUUAAUAGUAGUAAAGAAUCUUCCAGAGGGAAACAUUUAUGCUUUUAGGGGUAAUCUUCCUUGUGCCUCACCACAUCUCUAAGUGGAUAUAAUCUUGUUAUUACCAUAUGCUUUGUUAGUAUAUUUCACAAAUUUACUUUUACAAACUAUUUUAGUUACUGUGUAAUAUGUGCAAUCCAGAAUGAUUUUAUGUCAUAAAAAUAAAAUUUUAAUUAGGAUUCAUAAUAUUUGUUCUCUAGAUAAUGAGAAAAUGAGCCUUUUGGGGAUAUUGCUAUAAAGUGAUUAUUUUUUGCAAUGUUGAAUGUGUUUUUUAGUUUGAUUUCUUUUCCCCCUUUGGGCAGUAGGGACAACAUGCCGUAUCAUCUUGUAUUACUUUUUGAUGUAAAGCAAGUAAUAUUUACACAAUGCCAUAUUUUUUUUAUCAUAGUUGUAAAUUAUAAAAGAUCCUUGAAUUUUCUAUAGAUCUACAAUUACUCAAGUAACAGACAAGGGCAAUCUUGGUACUUAAAUCUGAGCAUGGACGUUCUACCAUAAAAAGUACUCUAUUUUUCUAAUUUCUAGAAUUUUUAAAAUAACAUUUAUGUAAGUCUUAUGACAGACAUACUAAUAUUCACGUAAGCAGUACUAUUUAUUUUAGUUUGCAUAUAUUUUCAUUGUUUUUAAUUUAAUGUAUUGAGUCUAAUAGACUGUUUUGCAAUAAUUAGAAUAAAGAUUUAUUUCUUCUAAUCAAAGAUGCAUAACAGCUAUUAUCUAGGGGACCACCAAAUGUGAUUUCAAGAUUUUGUUAACUAUUUCAAAUGUAAUCCUUACAUAGAAAUUUUAAUUUUGUAAAGUAGUGUAUAAUAUUGUAAUAUUAAAUUCUUGUUCUCAAAUUUGACUAUGUAUUGAAGCUCAGCAUUCUGUGUUAAAUCUUGCUACUCUGAAAUGUUAGAGACAAGAUUUGUCUUCCUUUUUACAGUUUGUAAUUUUCACUGUUUUAUUCCUGUAAAAAAAGUCAUUUGUAACCAUGCAAACAAUUGUUUGAUCUGUGCUAACUUAUCAAUUUGGCUAUUCAAUAAAGUUAAUUGAAA